AUGCACCGCUCCUCAUCCGUGCUGCGUAUCCUACACGCCUCGACACUCAUCGUCCCCGCCGUUAUCGCCGCGACCAGUCUUGAUCAAGUGAUCAAUGCCGCUCUUCCCUCUGUCGCCUCAGAUAUCUGUGGACGGAUCGUGAACGCAAAUUUAUAUUCAGAUCAAUAUUGGUUCUAUGCUUCGGACGUCGUCGAAUGCUUGACCAGCGUUCCACUGAACAAAGCUGUUGCCGAUCGCUUCAUCACCUACGUGAACCAGACUUGGCAGUUUCAGAGCACUAUUUCCACCCUCAAAUCACCGCCAGCAACCUAUCAACAGCCUGCCAUCGAUCUCCUCGCGGGACUCAAAACUAUCCGACAGCAGGUUGCGGCAGAUUCUUAUCGCAACCAGUAUGCAUUCGAAGUCGAUGUUCAGAAGUUGGUGCUCAAAGCCCAUGAUGCCCAUUUGAGCCUCUCUGCGGGAAUUCUAGAUGCCUUCAGCUUUGGCUCUCCCUACGACCUUGUGUCUGUGUCUAGCGAUGGGAAACAGGCACCUAAAGUCUAUUUUUACGACGACCUGACGUCCUGCUUUCAAAACGCGACCUGCGAUAUGAAGAAACAAGCCGCUAUCCGAAACAUCAAUGGCAUCGACGCCGUUCAAUUCCUCGAAGACUUUGCAAAGGAACAGGCCUUUGGUUUCCUCGAGCCCCACGCCGACUGGAAUUCCCUGUUCAGAACGCCAGCCUUGGACAUCCAAGACGGCUCGAGCACCUUUUCGGGAGGAGCAAAUAUAUAUCCGGGUGACCAGUUGAAUUUCACAUUUGAGGAUGGAACCACAGUGAGCGAUUACUGGAUCUCGUUAUAUAACUCUCCCGGGUACACAGGACCCUUAAGCACCGGUGGAGAUUUCUUCAACUUCUUUGCUCUCGGUAACAUCCCUGCAUCAUAUAAUGCGACCGAGUACUACGCAGAGACCGACAUUGAUUAUGAUGAUGUCGCUCCUGCGAACAUUACCUCGUGGCACAACAUUAGUGCCGCAUAUCCCCUUCGAACUCUGAUUUCGCAAUCUCAGCUGGGUCUCUACACGCCGGGCGUCGUCACCGGUUACCUUUUGGACGACAAAACAACGGCGGUCCUCAGCGUUCCGACCUUUGCUGUGUAUGACGAAGGCAUCAGCACCUUUUCGCAAGCUGUUGCCGACUUCACCAACAAAUCGGCAUCCGUUCACCGGGUCAUUAUCGACCUUCAGCAGAAUUCGGGUGGAUCCGUUGGGCUGGCACUGGAUACUUUCAGGAUGUUCUUCCCUUCUUUGGUACCAUCGCCAGAGUCAAGAAUGCGCGCGACGCCAGCGGUGAAUGCUUUGGGUCAGACGUUCACCAGUCAUUUCAGCAACAUCACAGACGACGACGAGGCUCUGGACUUUAUCGCCGAAGAAUGGGUUUCUUCCCGUCGCAUCAACGCUAGAACAGGCCGGCGCUUCGCGUCCUGGUCGCAAUUCUUCGGACCUUCCGAGGGCGGCUUUACGCUUUCCCAGCGAUACAAUCUGACGGAUAAAGAUUUCGUUGCUGCAGCCUUCGGAAUCGAGUUCCCUGACGAGGCCUUCGUUUCUGAUCCAUCUGCUGCACCUUGGUCGGGCGAUGAAAUCAUCCUCCUCACAGAUGGACAGUGUUCAUCUGCUUGUUCACUAUUCGUAGAGAUGAUGACCCGAGUCAAGGGGGUCCGGACAGUAGUCGUGGGAGGCGCGCCAAAACCCGGACCAAUGCAGGCAGUCAGUGGAAAUCGCGGAGCUGCUGCAUAUUCGGGUGAUGAGCUCGAUGAGGACAUCACCUUCGCGAGCCAAAUCAACUCAUCUACCAGGGGUCUUUUGCCACAAAGGGGCAACCUGACUGACACAGGAAUGAGCAUCGCGUAUGCCGCAAUCAACCUGCGCGACCAGAUUCGUGCGAAUACAAGCACAGCCAAUCAGUUUUUGUACCUGCCUGCCGAUUGUCGACUCUACUGGAGCUUCGAUAACUUUUUCGACUACAGCAGACUAUGGUCUGACGCGGCGCGCCUGUUCAAGAAUGACACGAGUCUUUGCGUACCCGGUUCGAUCAACGCGAAGACACCCUCGAAACGGCGUUGGCAGCCUCGCUCUGUGGCAUCGAAGAGCUUCAGCACGGGCGACUUCAUCAUGCGAGGCGUGAGUGGCGAGGAGCUUGCCCCCACUCACGAUUCCGAUAUCGUGCACGAUGAUGCGGCUUUUGCACCGGUUGGAAAACCCAGAAGUUGCGGUGACAAAACGAAAAAAGAUGGCAAAGACGACAACCUGUGCUCGUAUGACCGAUUGACACGAUGCACAAAGGUCGAAACAAAAUGCACAGAUUGUCUGGAAAUCUCGGAGGAUGGAUGCUCGGAUGAGGAUGGAGGAAUUAAAACCGACGUGUCCUGGUUUUGCCUCCGUGAUUGUCAAUUCGGCGCGGCAAUCGACAAAUGUAAGCCUUACGGCCACUGCGGUGCCAAAAUCAGCAAGAACUCGCAGGGAACCAGUCAGGCCUCAACCUUGCGUGGACCCUCGAAGUCCAACAAAAAGCUUGGCACUUGUACUCUGGACCCGCCGCGAGUGAACAUAGCUGGGACUCUACCAACAUGCAAGAAACUUCGAAGCUCAAGGCAGUGA